AUGCCCACCAUCUACGCGCUCGCGCUCGCGGCCUGCGCGGCGGCCCUGCGCGCCCCCGCGCCGCGCGCGUCGCUCCGUUCGUCGACGGCCUACGACGUCGUCGUCGUCGGCGGCGGCAUGUCGGGCCUGUCGACGGCGCUGGAGCUGCGGCGCCGCGGGCGGUCCGUCUGCGUGCUGAGCCGGGACCUCGCGCAGGCGGCGACGCUCGCCGCGGGCGGCAUGCUCGCGCCCCAGGCCGAGCGCCUGCCCGGCGGCCCGCUCCUGGACCUGUGCGUGCGGUCGCGCGAGGCGUGGCCCGCGUGGCUCGCGACGCUCGACGACCCGCCGCCGCUCCACGCCGUCGGCGGCUUCGUGAGCCCGUGCCUCGACGUCAACGACCCCGUGGGGACGUGGAAACCCGUCGAGGCCGCGGGCCCCGCGGAGUGGCUCGAGGGCGCCGCGCUCCGGGCCAUGGAGCCGAGUUUGGGGCCGAAAGCUUUGGGCGGCUGGUGGUACCCGCUGGAGACGUGGGUCGACCCCGUGCGCGCGCACGCCGCCCUGCUGCGCACCUGCGAGCGCGAGGGCGUCGACGUGCGCACGGGCGUGGACGUGGAGGGUUUGGACUUGGAGCGGAGCGGCACAUGCGGCGGCGUACGCCUCGCGGGCGGCGACGUGCUCACGGGCGACGAGUACUGCGUCGCCGCGGGCGCGUGGCUGCGCAACCUGUUGCCCGUGCCCGUCGACGCCCAGAAGGGGCAGAUGGUCGCGCUGAAGGCCCCGACGGCGGCGAUCGCGGAGAAGGCGCCGCGGCGCGUCGUCUACGGCGCGGACUGCUACGUCAUCCCGCGGGGCGACCGCGUCGUCGUCGGCGCGACGGUGGAAAACACGACGUCGACGCACAACGACGUUUCCGGGUUGCUCUCCAUCCUCACGAAGGCGACGGCGCUCUGCCCCGGGCUCGGCGACUUCGAGGUCGACGAGGCCUGGUCGGGGCUGAGACCCACGACGGUCGACGGCGCGCCGGUUUUAGGCCGCACGCGGUGGACGAACCUGUGGGUCUGCGGCGGCUACUGGCGCAACGGCAUCCUCCUCGCGCCGGCGGCCGCGGAGCUGUUGGCCGACGCCAUGGACGGGGCGCUGUCGGCGGAAGGCGCGCGGCUCUUGGACGCGUGCCGCUGGGACCGGUUCUUCGCGCCGGUGUCCCCGAGCUCCGCGCGCUUCCUGCCGAACCACGCGCCCGCGGCGUCGCCCGCGGACCUCGACGCCGCGGGCUACGACGCCAUCAAGGGCAACAGCGCCGCCGCGGGCGGCGACGCGCGCGCCGCGAACCUCGACGCGCUCUUCAGCGCCGCCGGCCCGCCGCCGGCGUCGCCCGCGGACCUGGACCGCGCGGGCUACGACGCCAUCAAGGGCGCGGCGCCCGCGGCCGGCGACGACGCGCGGUCCGCGAACCGCGCGGCGCUCCUCGGCGGCGACGGCCCCGCGGAGAAGCCCUCGUGGGUGUCGCGCCUCUUCCGCGGUGCCGCGCCGGCCGCGGCCGCGGCGGCCGCGGCGGCGCCGGCCGAGAAGGACCCGGGCGGCCUCGGCGAGGGCGGCUACGAGGCCGUCGCGGGCCGGCCCGCGGGCGAGAUGGACGGCGCGCGCGCGGCGAACCUCGCGGCGAUCUUCGGCGGCGGCGCCGUCGCCGACGACGCGCCCGCGGCGCCGUCGCGGCCGCCGGACAACGGCUUCCCCUACGCGGACCCGGCCGAGGACGUGGCGACGCUCGUCGUGGCCAUGCGCGAGGUCCUGCCCGACGGCAGCCUCGGCGCGGACGUGUCCCGCGCGGCGCUCCCCGAGGACCUCGCGGGGCCCGUGACCAAGGCCGACGGCAUCUCAAAACAGCCGGAAACCGCCAUGAGCGAGUGGGCCCAACCCUACCGCAACCCGGGCCUGCGCACGCCCAGCGAGGUGUCGUCGAGCGCGCGCACGGCCGACUGGCCCACGCGGUCCGCCGAGCGCGUGUCCCUCACGGACGGCAACGAGCACGUCGAGCGGCGCGUGCAGCGUCGCAUCGACGUCUGCGGCCGCCUGGGCCGCGGCGCCUACGGCAUCGUCUGGAAGGGCAUCGAGCGCCGCGGCAAGCGGCGCGUCGUCGCGCUGAAGAAGUGCUUCAACGCCUUCGCCUCCUCGAGCGACUCGCAGCGCACGUACCGCGAGAUCUCGUACCUCCUGAAGCUCCGGGGCCACGUCAACGUGAUCACGCUGCGCCACGUGAUCCGCGCGAAGCACGACCUCGACAUCUACCUCGUCUUCGAGUACAUGGAGACGGACCUACACGCGGUGAUCCGGGCGAAUUUACUGGAGGACGUGCACAACAAGUACAUCAUCUACCAGCUGUUGAAGGCGCUGAAGUACCUCCACUCCGCGGGCGUCGUCCACCGCGACAUCAAGCCGUCGAACAUGCUGCUGAACUCGAACUCGCACAUGAAGCUCUGCGACUUCGGCCUCUGCCGGUCCGUGACGCGCGUCGCGCGGCGCACGGAGAGCGACUACUACGUCGCGACGCGGUGGUACCGCGCGCCGGAGAUCCUGCUGGGCUCGUCGCUCUGCGUCGCGGGCAUCGACAUGUGGGCCACGGGCUGCAUCAUCGGCGAGAUGUACCACGGCAAGCCCGUGCUGCCCGGCGCGUCGACGGCGGACCAGCUCGAGCGCGUGGGGGCCGUCCUCGGCGCGCCGUCCGCCGCGGACCUCGAGGCCGUCGGCGUCGCCGCGGACGCGCUGCCGCCGGGCCUGCGGACCGCGCCGCCGCCGCCGCGGCCGUUGGGCGCCGCCUUCCUCGCGACGCCCGCGGCUUCCGCGGCGCGGGGUCUGGUCGCGUCGCUCCUCAAGUUCGACCCGCGGAGCCGGCUCCCCGCGGAGGCCGCGCUCGAGGACGCGUGGGUCCAGGAGUUCCACCGGAGCGAGGAGGAGCCCCACCACCCGGAGGGGCCCGUGCGCCUCCCCAUCGACGACGACGUGCUGUUGUCGCCCGCGGACUACCGCGACCGCAUCACGCUCGACGUCCACGGCCGCGCGCGGACGCGCGAGGCCCGGCGCCUCCACGGCCGCCUCGAGAUCGGCACCUGCGUCGAGGAGAACUCGCGGAGCCCGUCCGUCGCCGCGCGCAACUCGCGGACGCCGCCCGCGCGGACGCCGACGCCCAAGGCGGACGGCGACGCCGGCGGCGACGACGAGCCCGCGCCGGACGCGUCGGGCGAGCCCGACGACGCCGCCCUCGCGAACAUGAACAUCUAG